UGUAGACAAAUCGUUUUCGAGCAUCGCUGGAAAAAUAAGGCUUUGCAAGGCCACACGCUAAGAACCGUCAGAGCAAAAGACAAUGAAGAUUGUAGAUUGAAAUGUUACCUGGAGGACAACUGUGUUUCAGUUAACUAUGCGUCUACAGGGAAAUGUGAUCUUAACAACAAAGACCAUACCCAGAAGCCAAACGAUCUAGAGGAUGUGAUUAACUACACCUAUUCAUUCAUAGAAGUAAGUUUAACUUAUAAAUGAUUUUGUUUAUAGAAUUGUCACUUAGUUUGCAACAUUUGUUAAGAUGGCUAAAAACUCUUUGAUGGAUCAAUAAAUAUCACAAUCAAUUUUCGCCUGUUUUCUUAAAAAUAGUGUGAGAAGAAUGUCAACUUAUCUAUGAUACAUUUUGAUCAAUUUUAUGACACAUUAGGUUACCAUAGAAACAGUGCCGACAUCGAUAUGCCUAUCAAUCAGAAACGGUCCUAAUGAUCUUAAAUUUUAAAUCAUUAAAUUGCAAUUACUAUACUAUCCUUCAUUUUCUACCAAGCUGGAAAAAAAUAUGUAUAUAGGUUUAAAACCGCUCCAUUUCCUUGGUCGAGAGACCUAGAAUUCUUCAAACUAUUGCCAUACUACAACAGGGGCUUGAAAAUUGCCACUGACAAAGUGUGAGAAACGCGCAAAGAAAGAAACGCGCAAUUAAUACAUAAGUUGUGGCCUAAUUGUCGACUUGGUCCAAGUCGACCUCGCUUGUAUAUCAGGAAAACCUAAUAGUCAGGUUUGUUGAAUUUGUUAAAGUUCGCUGCUAAAUUACCGGACUUUUGACCAGAAAAUUUCAGCUGAUUAAAGAUUCCCUCUCAGUAACUCAGUGCAGGUAUUCCUAUCAUUGAAUCUAUUGUGAGAUUUAACUGACGGCUCUUUUUAAUCAUCUCUACACUUCAUCAAAAGUAGGUACCUUCAUAACUUUGCUUUUAAGUUAUGAGUAGGUAGUAAAUUCUCGAGUCAUAUCAUUCUGAUCACAUAUCACUCUGAUCACUAAAAUCCCAAUCAGGAUUCUACUCUCUUUUUUCGGAAGCAGCCACUCUGCCAUGGUAAUGAAGCGAUAUUUCAGAGUUAAUACGAUUUUAAACCUUAGAGCACUUUUCCAUUUAGUCAGUGUUUUAUAACGAAAACUAACACAACUGCAACAGCCAAUCAGAGCAAAUAAUAAAAUAACAAGGAGCCAAUGAGGACUCAAAUAACAACGAGUAACCUGCCUGUGGAGCGGUAAAACGCGAAUGACGAAGACGCGAUUGAUUUUACUUUUGACGGAACUGAUUGGUAGAGAGAAUGGCGCGAGUUUUUUGGACCAAUCACAGAGCAAAGUGAAGCAAAAACAACGCAGUCGAGGAUUACUUUCCACACAAAAUGUUAAAUUAAUUAGUCCACUGUCAUGAAUCGGAGGCUCUAUCAGUUGCGAUUUCGUUAUCGGUAGCUGCACUGAGCUCCAGAAAACACGAUGACGAGGCUGUGUCAUUGCUAGGACCAUAAUUGACAAGCAUUCAGCAUACACUGGUUGAAAUAUCGGACGCGUCCUGUCACGGAAGCUCUCAUUGUUUAGUUUCUGCACUAUCAGGAGCAAUUUCAAUGAUAGUGAUAUGUAUAGUAUCAGGCGCCAAGACAUGAUGAAACAUUUUUUAAGGCAAUCCAGUGUGAAACGAUGCCGAAGUACAUACGUGGUCUUUUUCUGAUGAGAAAUACUGAACGCAACUACGAGGAUCAAGGAAACUUGUUAUCCCAUACGUUAACACGACCACUUAUGGUCUUCAUUCCUUCAGAUACACUUCUGCAAACAUGUGGAACAAACUAGUAGAGGACCUAAGGUCAUUAAUUAACGUCUUUGAAUGAGUUCAGAACUAAAAUAUGCCAAAUUUCUUUCGAACAUUAAUGCAAUUGUUACUUAUGUAGAUAGUAGUUAAUGUACUGUAUAUAAUAUACGAUUUUAUUUUUAUGUUUUUCCUCUUUCUCGGAGAAAUUGGCUGUACAGCUACUCUUGUAAAUCCAAGGUGAAAUAAAGGUGAUAUGAUGUGAAAAAAAUUGUUGUGUUUAUCUACAGAACCCUUGCGCCAGUUCUCCUUGUCAGCAUCCCAGUGUUCUUUGUCAAGCCGGUUUUACUGACAGAGGGUACAGAUGUGUGUGCAACAAAACAGGAUUCGUUGGCGAGAAGUGUGAAAAAGGUAUAGCAUAUUCAAGAUAUAUUUGAAGAACGGAAAAACCAUUACAGAAGAGGUUAUGAGGACUUGAAAGAAAAAAAAUUAGAAACUUCAAUGUCUGACGCACGUAAAAUAAAAAUUGACCACUCUCUAAAGGGACUUUUCGUGGCCAAUGUAAGUAUCAGUUUCUGGUCAUUCCGUUACAAAGUUGUUUCGCCGCAAGUCGAAAUCAAUUUUCGUAAAAUCAAAAGUCCUUUCGUCAUAAACGUUGGUGGUUUCGCUCCAAGCGUGGAUGGUUGAACUUUUUUAGACCCGACGGAAUGUCUAGUUGCGUCGUAGACAUGAAAAAAGAUUUGUUUAAUGAAGUUUGAGUUUGGUGUGAAGUUGAAGCGAAACAACUUUUGAUUUGUGUCGAAAGGACUUCUGAUUAGAAGCGAGUUGACUUCGAACUUUCGAACUGUCAAGAGAAACGACCUAAAAAAGUUGGUAGUACUAAGGGUAGGGGCCUUGACUCUGUUAACUCCAAAUUGCAACAAGUUUUCACUUCUUUAGAAACAGGAGUGAUACAUAAGUAAAUGAACACAAUUAACUUUUUAUAUCUAUAGCUGUCCUCCGUAUUUUUAUCAAAUCGUUUGGCACCAAAGACCAGCUAGGAGGUAGGAGUAUUUUUGGUGAUACGGUCAUCGAAGUCAACGGGGUAAAUCAUUGCAAAAAGGUAAGUAUUCUUGCGUUUGUGUUAUGUUACCUAGUUCGCCUUUCGCAACUGAAACUCCUGAGCUUGAUGCGAUUUGGCACGCAUAUGAUGUUUCCUUGGUACACUUUGAACGCGAGUUUCCGUUCAUUCCUAGUCUAGUCCGUCGAGCAGGAGAAAGUGAAAAACACAGACUUGCAUUAUUCAAACCGUAAGCAAGAUCUGAAAGCGCGCUUGAGAAAGAGAGUCUCCGUACUAGCAGAGUAUCCUUUCAAGAUGAAAUAACUAAACCUGAAUUUCAAGCAUCUGCGGAAUAGGACGAUCGAUGAAUGAUCAUUUUUUAUAAAAAGAGAAAGAGAGAAAGAGAGAGUAAACGAGCUUUGCUAUCUUUGAUAGUUUUUCAUCGGUCCCAUCAAUCACUCUUUCUACUAAGUAGGUACAGAGGAACAAAGGGGAUGCAUAAUUACAACAGGGGAAAUAGCGGAUGCAUUAUUACAACUGGGGAACAGGGGAUAAAAAUUACAACAGUGGGAACAGGAGAUACAUAUUACAACAGGGGGAACAGGGGAUGCAUUAUUACAAAAAGGAAUUAGGGGAUGCAUUAUUACAACAUUGGGAACGGGAUAAAUAUUACAACAGGGGGAACAGGGGAUGCAUUAUUACAACAUUGGGAACGGGAUAAAUAUUACAACAGGGGGAACAGGGGAUGCAUUAUUACAACAUUGGGAACAGGAUAAAUAUUACAACAGGGGGAACAGGGGAUAAAUCUUACAACAAGGGGAACAGGGAAUGUAUUAUUACAACAUUGGGAACAGGGGAUAAAUAUUACAGCAGGGGAACAGGGGAUGGAUAAUUACGACAGGAGGAACAGGGGAUAAAUAUUACAACAAGGGGAACAGGAGAUGCAUUAUUGCAACAUUGGGAACAGGGGAUAAAUAUUACAACAGGGGAAAAGGGGAUGGAUAAUUACAACAGGGGGAACAGGGGAUAAAUAUUACAUCAGGGGGAACAGGGAUAUAAAUUACAAUAGGGGGAACAGGGGAUGUAUAUUACGACAAGGGGAACAGGGGAUAAAUAUUACAACAGGGGGAACAGAGGAUGUAUUAUUGCAACAGGGGGAACAGGGGAUGCAUUAUUACAACAGGGGGAACAGGGGAUGCAUUAUUACAAGGGGAACACGGGGAUGGAUCUUCACAACCAAAUUUUAUUGCAAUAAUCCAAAGGGUAGUCAGACUAAUCGAGGCACAUAAUUAGAAAAGGGCCGAAAAUUUUAAUGUGUUUGGAGAAUGUAAAUGUACUGACGGAGUGAUGCUGAGGUGAUGUUUCACAAUUCAAGCAUAAGUUAAUGGAAUGAGUUCUUGCUUACAGAGAAGAGGUCACAACAUCGUAACAGUUUAUCCUGGCAACGGAUCAAUUCACGCGAGUGAGAGCUUCGACACCUUCGCCAGUGAAACGGAAACUGAAGACAUGACCGCAUUUAUCAACAAUUUACCGGAAAAUGUAAUGGUACUGAUUACAGUGCACGAUUCUGCAAAUGUCGGUGUCAUGAACACCAUCCCAGACGCUGAAAGUGCCCUGCGCAGUGUUGGAGCUGUAGACCCUGUGUUCACCCGGGUGCGCGAAUCAUGGCUGCUUAUUGGUUACAAAGGUGCAGAUAAGCCCACGUGGAUUCAGCAAAGACACGAAGCUAGGAACCUGGGCCCAGUUUCAAUUGGAACUGAGAUUAUUUUCUAA